AACAUCUCCCAAGUCACCUUGACGCCUCAUGUGUUGGUGGGGGGGGGCACUUGGCUAUAAAUAAUCUCGGCUGUGCCGUCGUGUAGAUUGGAACCAAGCAACCGACCCCAACGCCCACAUCGCAGAGAGAGAGAGCGAGAGCGAGCGACACGCAGCUGGCACCAACCUGUCUCUGGUGACGUCUCGUGCCAGGCUAGGUGCACCUUUCAAGGUCGUUGUACGCCAAGUGUCUCGAGUUUCACGGUCAAGAGCUCCAUGAGGCUGCAGAUGUCAGCGUGGCUUGCCCUCCCCCUCCUCCUCCUCGCUUGCUGGGGGGCCCCGCGGGGGCCGAGGCCUACGGGGAUGGGGCCCCCAAGGAAACCUGCGGCUCCAUGACCCCGGGCCACGGGAUGGCCGUCCCCAGCCUCGUCUACAGCAUCAACGUCUCGGGGACGACCUUCACCAACACCUCCAGCCUCACUGUGACCGUGAACGGAACCUACCAAGGUGUGAUCAUGCAGGCCCGGGCUCCAGGCUGCUCCACUCCCGUCGGGACCUGGGCCACUCCACCCGCAGACACCAAGGUCAUGCAGUGCUCGUCUGCGAGUGACACGAUGACCCAUAGCAGCACGACGAAUAAGGUCAACUCCGUUUACAUCUGGACUUCUCCCAAGAGCGGAGCGCCAGCCAGCGUCGAGUUUGUGGCGACCGUUGCUCAGAACAAGGAUCAGUGGAUUAAGAACAUCAAGUCCGCAGCCGUCACGGCCCAAGGAUACAGCACCAUCACCACGACCUGCGGAGCAGGACUCGGAUCGACGUUCCGGUCUCCGGCCUCCAUCGCGUGGACCCUGCCGCUGGGCAUCAUGGUCUUUAUGAUAGCCCGUGUCUAGAUGUUGAUGGCACACAUUCACUCUCCCACUCACAUACUCACUCUGACACUCUCACACUCACCCUGACACUCACUCUGACACUCACACACUCACUAACAGACUGUUUGGUCAAGUGCUGUUAGCGAGCACCUAUGAAGGCUGGAACGGCACACGAGGGGGUGGGUGGACAGCACCACGCCCAGCCGCCUUCGUUUCCCCAGUGGCGAUGUUUACACACCGCACCGGGUACUCAUUUGAGGCUGAGUCAUCCUAGGGGAGGCCCAGGACCGAUUCAGAUAAUCGGUGUUGGCUGUGAGCGGGAAUCGAACUCAUGUCGCCGGGUUCGUAGCGCAGUGCGCUGACCGCUGCACUACCGCUCCCCACUACACACACGCUGGACACACACUGUACACACACACACACAUGUACACACACACAUGUACACACGUACACACACGCACGGACACAACAACCGCCAUUCGCACGGAGUGGCGAUGAUGUCACCACGACGCUUGUGCCAGGCUAUGUGCACCUUGAGGCCACAUGAAGUGUCGAACGCCCGCUGGCAGGAGGUCACGGGGCAGACCCAGGUGCCACGGGUCGACUGACCGAGAUAACUGGCUGAUGCACCACCUGUGCCCCCUACUGUGCCAACUCCCUGUGCUUUAGCCACCCGGCGCUCCGCUCGUUGUUGUGAGCGUCGCUCCUCCGCCCUCCGUUGUUGUUGGAGGGCGACUACCUCAAACUGCCCAGUAGCGUCCUUCACGAGCCUCCUCCAGAUGCCGAUCUUGACACCGCUGGUACCAGUCAUCGGCAAGUCCAUUCAGCUUCACAUCCUCCUGUACCACAUCACUCCAUCUCUUCUCUAGCCCGUGCCACGCCCGUUCGGCCCCCUCGAUCCGGCCGAACACGGACACACACACGGACACACACACACCACGGACAGGGACACACACACGGACACACACACGGACAGCACUUGGCCUGAUUCGACCUUGAUGCAGGGCGCACCCUUCGGCAGCCACAUCCCGCCUGAGACCUUUCUGUUCGAGGGUUAACGCCUCUGUUGGUUUAUUUUUAAAUGAUGUGAAGCGUCACUUGAUGUUUGGUGUGGACGAUAAUAAAAUGGUGGUGGAUAAAAAAAGCACACAAAGCGGGGGGGUUGAUAUUUCCGGG